AUGGGCUGCCCGAACUGGCAGAAUGACGUAUCCAACAAAUCCACCUCUGAAGUCCAGGAAGAAAAAAACACUCCACCUGGAUCAGGGAUUAUUAUGGUUGCUCAUACAGGGUGUGGAACAUGGACAAAACGCCUGUCAUCUGUGCUAAAUCUCACAGCCAAAAUGCCUUAUUCUUGGACGCAAUGCUACGUUGAUGGAUGUUGCAAGGUGGAAGAGGCACGCUAUUCUAUCAGAGCGAGUGAUGCUUGGGAGUCAUAUCCGCUGUCAGCUUUGUUCACCUCAACAACUAGUGCUGAUAGCAUUGAUGAGGGUCAAAUUCUUCUUGUGAAAUCUUGUUGCGGAAGUUUAUCCAAGUAUAUAAUGGUGGCUUCAGGCAGGGUAUCUCUUUAUAUGCAGAAUGUGAAAGUUCAAAAAGUUACCAAGGCUUGGGAUCACGCUGCUGGUAUUAUAUGUGUGCAUGAAGCAGGGGGAAAGGUGACUGACUGGAAGGGAGAUCAAAUUAAUCUUGCAGCAGAUCAACUUGGACGGAGGAAUAUAUAUCCUUCUGGUGGUGUCCUUGUGACUAAUGGCAGCUUACAUAACCGGCUUGUAGAGAUGAUAUCUUCCAAUUCGUCCACUGUUUCACAGUGAUUACUAUUUCAAAUAAUUAAUUAUUUAUUUUUUUCAAUUUGAUUGUAUUUUUUGAAAUAUGGCAAGAAACUCUUCGGAAUGCCAUAUGACAUUAAUUCUUCAUGUGCACUGUUGUCCCCGAAAAUUAUCAUACACAUUUCUUUUCCAGCUACCA